AUGUAUGAGAAGUUAACCAUAAUGAACCUGCAAAGUGGCUUGAACUGGACUGAGCCUAACAACUGGUACCAUGACCUGUCCACAGUACAAACACACCACAGCACAGGAAGAGGAGGAGUAGGAGGAGGGCCGGUCGAGAGGGACGAGGGCGAGGAGUCACAGCUGAGGCUGCAGCUGAAGAGGAAGCUACAGAGGAACAGGACCAGCUUCACUCAAGAGCAGAUUGAGGCACUGGAGAAAGAGUUCGAAAGAACACAUUACCCAGACGUCUUCGCGCGAGAGCGAUUAGCCAACCAGAUUGACCUUCCAGAGGCGCGGAUACAGGUGUGGUUUUCCAACCGAAGAGCCAAGUCGAGGAGAGAGGAAAAGCUUCGCAACCAGAGGAGGUCAUGGGGUGGGACGUCCUGUUCCCAGUCUCACGCCCCCCUAAGCACUUCCUUCAACACCUCUGUCUAUCACCAUCAACAUGGCAGCAGUUCAGGGUCUAUGCUGAUUCAGAGGGUGUCUACCCUGCCCAGCUACAGCUAUCUGUCUGUCCUCUCCACUGGAGUCCAGAAAGUGUCAUCCCAGUCUGCCAACUCUUACUCUUGCAUGUUACCCCCAUCCCCUUUCACCCCGCAGAAAUUUGACUCUUCAGAGUACCCAUCCCAUAUGCCUCCACCGUCCUCUGCCAACUCAAACACUGGUGAGUUUUACACUGUGUGUGUGUUUGUGUGUGUGAGUCGGUUGGUCAGUAUUCUGCCCUUGGAAUUGCGUUCUCAUGCAAACCUAGACAGAUAGCUAACAACUAAGUCUUCAAUAAAACUCCCAAGGCGUGACUUUUCUUGAAUAAAUAUAUUGAAAAUGUUUAUGUUGUGAAACUGCAAAAUACAGAAAAUAAUAUACUUUAGUAUUCAAUUCAUAUCGACAUACUGUAGCUGUACAUUAUACAUUUCAAGUUGAAGUUGCAUUAAUACA